AUGAGAUUUGGGCGGCGGGAUUUUGUGUGAGACAGGAAGCUAGGAGCCUGCACAUAGCAGAGAGUUGCGGGACCUGUAGGUAGAGUUGUGGGAUUGCGGGCUGUGUUAGGAAAAGUGGGAGUGUUGGCUGAUAUUAGCGCUGUGUAGGUAAAAGAACAUGCAGGGACUUUAGCAACCGAAGUGUGCAGCUCACUGACAGCAGGGGGCCCGGUAAUCCAAGCCUGUGUUUUGCUGCAACUUGUCAGAGCCCUACCUGCCAUAAAUAUGAAUUUUAUGUCAUUCACACCUCUGUGGUGUUUCCUUGUCCUGUUCCUGCUGCCUUCUGUCUCAGCCAGUGAGGGCAGGAAGAAACUACAGAUCGGAGUGAAGAAGCGGGUGGAAAAUUGCCUUGUUAAAUCCCGGAAAGGAGACACACUACACAUGCAUUAUACAGGGAAGCUGGAGGACGGGACAGAAUUUGACAGCAGCAUUCCUAGGAAUCAAGCGUUUACCUUCACUCUGGGUACCGGACAAGUCAUAAAGGGCUGGGACCAAGGAUUACUUGGAAUGUGUGAGGGAGAGAAGAGGAAGCUGGUAAUACCUUCAGAAUUGGGUUAUGGAGAUAGGGGAGCACCCCCGAAAAUUCCAGGAGGCGCCACUCUGAUCUUUGAAGUGGAGUUAGUGAAGAUAGAACGUCGAUCUGAUUUAUAAAUAUGAGGCCAUGCCAGCCUUCUGUUUAGGGACCAGUAUUUGUGCUGUGAGGGGAGACAGUGUGUCACCUUGUACCCAAUAAACACACACACACACUACUUCUAUGGUUUCAUUAAUAACCAUUAGAGUUACAUUCCCGGCUUCAUCCCAAAGACUCAUGUUCCUGAAUUAAUGGUUUGCUACAGGUACCGGAGCAAAGAGUUUGAUGGGAUAACAAUUUCAAUAAACACUUGCAUGUUUUCCCUUCCUUUGAGAUACUAUUUAGCCUAAACACAAGGUUGCUUAAUGUUAUGUCAUUUUGCUUCAAAUUUGUUCAAAAACACCAUUUAUUUUCUACUA